AUGGAAUCCCAGCUUUAUUCUCUCCUAGCGAGGCACGACCAGAUCGAGUCUAUCGUGCCAAACAUCGACGCCGUUGUUCCUCGACUUGUCUUCGAGCUGGGCGGAUACGCGUCCAGUACUAAAGCCAAAGUCAAGGUUACGGGCCUGGUUUUCAUGUCUGACCUCGAAUUCAUUUUCGAGGGUAUCAAGAAGAAGUUCGGUGGCAAGAACAUCGGAGUUCCUCUUGUGGGAGGAAAGUGUGAGCUGCAAAUUGUUACGACUAUCUUGGCUCUCAACGUCAACUUCUUGCGCUCGGGAAAAAUAUUUGCGAUGUUUAUCGGUGUUUAUCCCGGUCUCAGUGCCGCGAACGGGAUAUUUACCGGUCAGGGGCAAUGGUUAAAUGACGUCUGA